GGUCAGCCAGUUUGUUGUUAAUGACAUCUGCCCUUUCCUACCGCUUCCCUGCCCCAAUCCUUCCCCCAGCACCGAUGCACUCGGUGCUUUGUGCUGUUUCUUGGCAGCGCUUAUGGGACACGAUCGACAGUUGUUUGACUAUAUAACUGCUGUGUUGUGCUGAGUAUCGGCAGUCCUGCCAGAAGAGGACGAAAUUACAGAGCGACGAAUGGCAGCGGUUGACGGCAGUAGUAGUGGCUUUGCGUUCCUAAUUGAGUGGCCACAGUUUGUUGUGUAAUGUUUGGCCUACGGGUCUCGAGCCAUAGUUUCGUGUACCUGCUGGCUAUUAGCCUUUCCUAUACUUCGAAAUUCUGCCGCUUUAUAUAAUUAAUUUUUCCCGUUUACAUUGCCUUGAGCGCGAGGACAGUGUUUUUUGUCGCAAUCGGCGCCUGUGAUGAAUCAAUGGUGCGUUCACCGUUGACGUUUUCUUCUAACAAUACGAGGGAUAGAAGCAGUUCGACCGAUUUUCACAGUUCGACUUAUCAACAGCUUUUAGCAGUACGUGUCGGCUUGAUACUUAGUUCUGCUGUUGACGCACCCGCUAAAUCAAGUAAGACCUGUUGUGCUCGCACGAAUGAAGAGAAACAGUGUUUACCGGUUUGAGUAAGCUAUGAGCUGUUUUAGGCUCGACGCAUUUCGCAUCUAGUCGAUGACAGCAACGAAGAUCCUCACCUCGACACUGUUUACUUAAGUUGUGAUGGUGUAGCAAAAAGCUGCGUCGUUGAAUGCUAAAACUGUGUCAGUAUUUUGUUUCAAGACAACAAAAUAUAACGUCUUCGCACACACAAAGCAUUAGUGCUGCGGAGUAAUCUUCAAUGAGGUCAUCUCUACAUUCUUCAGAAAUAACCCCACAAUCGAGAUGGGCCCCAUUGUUUAUAGAAGCCUAACCUUUCAAUAAACCAUCAUCCUGCUAGCAUUGUUAUUACUCUUAAGAAGUCAGUCGAGUCGGUGACAUCAAUUCAGCAACGAAGAGUGUUGGCAACUUCAAAUGUUUAUUUUUGCAAUUGUUAUCAGCUAAUUCAGCUAACUGUUCAACUGUUAGCAGUACUGGAAACAUGUCCCAAUGGUGACUCAUAACGACAGUGCAUUUCUACAUGUAGUAUUAGACAAGAAACAGGGUCUGUGUGUUGGCGGUGGAUGAAUAAAAACGACUUUUGUAAGCUAAGAAAGAAGAAAUCUAUUGGAAGAAAAUUCCCGACAGCAACCUCAUUGCCCGUAUUUGUUUUCAAUUUCUCCUCAAAGAAAGGAUGUACAUCUAAUCAAAUUGUUGUUGUGCAGGCGUGAAGAAAAGAACGACGUUUAAUGGCAUGAAGAGAACGACAUUUAAUCUAUAAUCAAUUUGUUGUUUGCGAACGUGAAGAGCAUGACGUUUGCUAAGCGUAAAUGAACUCUGUGUGGAUUCUGAGAAAGUUACCAUUAUUACAAAGUUAGAUUAUAUGAGAUGGAGUGUAUUUAUCACAGUUACGCGAUCAGAUUUGGAACGUUUGAGCACUGAGUACCUGUCGAAGUGAACGAAAAUUAAGCAGAAGAUCGCUCCUCUGAGAAGCCUCUGGAUGCUGUUUCAUUGUCAGAGCAGGAACGACAUCAACUAAUACAACUCAUCAACAACAGUGACCACGCGAGGCAGUUGGUAGCUACCAGUUAAGGCGUUGCUGCGGACGCUGAAUCCAAAGCGAAGUGUUUCUACGCCCGGUUUUGAACCUGGAUCACUAGGCGAAUAUUUUGCUACUGCGGGGAUCACGGGACAGCAGUCAUGUAUCCUGCGUACGGUUUCUGCACAAGAGAUACUACUUGCUGAAUAUUUCUAUUCAUUAUCACGGUAAUUCGGAGCAGCAAGCCCAAGACGAUAAACAAUACUAUCCGUUCAAAAGGGUUUUACAUCGUUAGACAAAUUAGUUCGGCUGUUGAACCGCUGGCACCCGGCAAACCCCUUUUAGUCGAUGAGGACGAGGUCAGGCUGUUCCGAGGUAUAGAAGAUGAGGCCGAGCAACAAAAGAUGGCCACUACCAUAAGCAUAUCUUCAAUACUUAUAUUUGUUCAGUUUGUGCAUUUUCAGUGCAGCAAAUGCUUUAGCUGCACCAAUAUCAGUAGUAUUACGCAGACAAGCGGUGGUUGUUGGAUACUAAUUCCAACGACUCGAGGAUUUUACUUCAAGUGGAAGGACGAACGUGCAGCCGAUGAAAGCUAUGAUGCUGGCUGAUAGUGAAGUGGUGAGUCAUUACCUUUGCAGUCAUCAACAUUUUGUCCGCUGGCGACGUCUUCUCGCCCGUGAUUAUAUGACAGAGGUGUUCAUUCGCAACGGACACAAUCACAAUAGACUGAAAGGGGUUCACGCAAAGCUAAACGAUGUAAGAAAAAGUUCAUGACUGCACGUACCGAGAGACCGCAGUCGGUCGACAUCCCUGUGUACGAGGUUAUAGAUGAGAGCAAAGAAGACUACGAUAUCGAUGGAUCCUCCAAUGCCUUUGAAUAGCAACAUCAGGCCAAAGGUCGAGGGUCAACGGUUCCCGCAAGUCGGAGGUACGUGUUUUCUUAAAACGGCCACUCCAAUCAACCAAAAUCUGCCGUCAACUUGUGGAGGCGGCUCAGCGUCCGCAUCAAAUAACAAUCCCUUAGGUUCCGGCAACGGGAGUGGUGCAGGAGGAUGCGGAGGUACUGCCGGGACCGGGGGUGGCGUCGGGAACGCCGGUGCUUUAGGGGUAGCCGGUGCUGGAGCGCUUGGGGGUUCGCCAUCCAGCACACAUCUUGCCGCAUUGUUUGAGUGUCCCGUUUGUUUUGAUUAUGUCCUUCCACCGAUACUACAGUGUCAAAAUGGUCAUCUUGUCUGUUGUGUAUGUCGGGAGAAGCUUUCGUGCUGUCCCACCUGCAGGGCGCCAAUCGGCAAUAUUCGCAAUCUGGCUAUGGAAAAGGUAGCGGCCUCGGUGUCGUUUCCGUGCAAGUUUCAAUCAAAUGGAUGUCACCAUCUGUUGAGUCACGCUGAGAAAGUCGGUCACGAAGAGGUCUGCGAGUUUCGCCCGUAUAGUUGCCCUUGUCCAGGCGCCUCGUGCAAGUGGCUUGGCUCGCUUGAUAUGGUUAUGGCGCAUCUCACGCAACAGCACAAGUCAAUCACGACGUUACAAGGCGAGGAUAUUGUUUUCUUGGCAACGGAUAUCAACUUACCUGGAGCCGUUGACUGGGUCAUGAUGCAGUCAUGCUUUGGACAGCACUUUAUGCUUGUCCUUGAAAAACAGGAGAAAUAUGAAGGAUAUCAACAGUUCUUUGCCAUUGUCCAAAUCAUCGGAUCAAGGAAACAGGCCGAGAAUUUUGUAUACAGGCUUGAGCUCAAUGGAAACAAACGUCGUUUAACGUGGGAGGCCACGCCCCGAUCGAUUCACGAAGGCGUUCAAUCCGCUAUUAUGAACAACGACUGCCUCGUGUUUGACACCUCUGUCGCCAAGUUCUUCGCAGAUAACGGCAACCUAGGUAUCAAUGUAACCAUAAAUGUUGUCUGAGAAUCAAUUGGAGCAUGGGAUGAGCCAUAAGCGCAGGCUGGCGGCGGACUCUUCGGCCAAACCUCAGACACUUCAGACAAACCGAAGUAGUCACAGAUAAAACGAACACAAGCAAAAACAAACAAAUGCCCGAACGGCCCCCGUAUCGCGUCAUGUUUCGAGUGGCGGCGGGUUUUAUGGCCAGAUGCAUUGUUUGUUAACGGUUGACGAGAUCCUUUUCGAGUGACCUGACGGUACCAUCCGAUCUACGAAAUUAGGAAGAACGUAAGCAUCCCAUUGCAAUGGCAAAGAUAUCCAAUAUAAAGUUUAUAAAUGAACGCUUGCCAAUGGCCAACCAACAGUUGCCUAUAGGAGAUGGCAAAGCGGAUCAAAGAUGUAGUUAAUGGUGGUAGAAUACCACUGCUGUACUUACGUUCCUUUUAGAUUUUGUGUUUACAGUCAUAAUCGAUCACUAUCGAUGAAAAGUUGUUGCUUACCGAGCGUCGAUAACUAAUGUCGCUGGGAAACAAACCGCUGGAUUAACUGAGACGGCUAUGCGACUCUCACUCACUACUGUUAUUCAAUUUGUAUCCGUUGCCGGCUUGUUGAGCUGUUCCAACUAAAAUUGGUAAUUUAAUGUGAAAAUCAUGGAAAAAUAUAAUUUACGAGACCGCGUUCAUAGGAAGAUUUGCCUCUGUACAUAGAGGUAACGACAUUAUGAAAAUGAAGUGCAGAUGACUAGUUCGUAGUGCGUUAAACAAGAGUGAUAGAGCGAUAGACGGCAGAUUUCACCAACACCAAGGCAUUUUGUGUGAGUCCUCCGUCCGGAACUCAUUUCCAUUAUUUUGUGUUACAUGUACGACAGGUGGUCGACAAAAGGACAUUAUUAAUAUAAACUCCUUGUAGCAUUUAGUCAGUCAUAGGCGACUAAGGCUGCGCCUUGAAUAGGCAAAUGCGUACUGCAAUCGCGACGGCUUUUCCUGCACCCCAGCCGGUGUAUCCACUUACCUGUGGCCGUUCCUGCUCGCUCGCAUUUACAGAUUCGGUGACUAAUAAAACUACUAGAAUUAUUAAUCAUCAGGUCAGCCAUUGAAAAAUGUCCAUGAUUGUCCGUGGAAGCGAAGGCAUCGUGUAAUAACAAGGAGUAUUUCAAAAGAAUCUUGUGGAUAUUUACUACGAGUUAUACUUUGUUCACGUCAUAACGAUUUGUGUGCUUGCGGUAACGCCGACAUUAGAACAUGGAAAGUAAUGGGUCGAAGAAUCAAAGGAGGAGAACUCAAAAGGAAGUCUAAUGUAGAUAAUCGACUUGUUUCCCAGGCAAAAUUAUGUUGAAGUAACGCGGGACUUUACUAGCGAACGGGCAUCGGGUCCAUAUACACAAACUCUCGGAGGCAACAAAACAACGUUACUCUAGGGGCUAAAGAUGAAUAACGAACUACAGGCAAUAAUCAUCAUAGUAGUAAUAAUAAAUUAUGUAGACAAUAGUGGACGUUUCGUUAUGUAAAAUCACUGCUCUAGCAAAUACAAGGCAAUUAUACAGCAAGCAAUAGAGCUACGCAUAAAACAGAUACUUUAAGCUCGUUAGAAUUGUUUGCUUGACCCAGUUGCAUAGAAUUUACUAAACUACAGUAGCUCGUAGACGUAACUUCGAAAUUAUUGGGUUAAUGAAGAGCUGGCUACAACUAUGAACGACACCGGACGGAUAGGACGGGACGUCUGUGGCUCGAGCAGUUUCGCUGAAGACUUUCAAGGUCAGGUCUGUUAAUGAUAUCUUUGUGUCUGAAGUAUCCAUCAAGCGAAUAAGAAUUACCGCAAGCUCUAAGGCUUGAUUUCUUGUUUUAUCUGUUUUAUGCUAGCGAAUGCCAGAGCUAAGUUGUUUUUGGCGGGGAACAAAAGUGGUACAGCGCCACUCGGAAGUAGAAGACAAGCAAAAGUCAAGAAUUCGGUGGCCUGGAACUUAAAUGCAAACAACUAGCAGUAUAGCGUAGGUACGGAAGUAUCGCCCCUAUGAAAAACAAAAGGUGAUUUGUAUAAUUCCACAUGGCAGUUCCAGCAGUCAUCUGAGUUUCUGGCAGCAGUCAUCUGGGCGGAGUUUUCGUGUAAUAGCGAAACAGGCUAGAUGAUAAUAUAAUUUCAUGACGCUUUCCAAUACGAAGACAGAGUGGAAACAGCACCGAUUUAGGUGCCUUAUCUCAAAUAAUAAUAACAACAACAAAUAUUAUUAUAAGUGAAGUGUAUGACAGUUUUUAACACUUCGAUGUAAUGGGUUUGUGCUACGCGUGAUGGGCUCAAAUCGUUCCAAAUCCGAGCUGGCAGGAUCAUGUUUAUGGCGAACAAUAUAACCAGUUGAACAGGCAUAUGGAAGAUACCUGCUAUGUAUAAAGAUAUAUACACAUAUAUCUAUCCAUAUGUAUAAGACAGCCCAGAAUGCGAUUCGGGAAUGGAGGAACAAGCAUGUGAAUCGACAGGAAAUAGACUGAAAGGACAAAGAGCUGAUCAGGACAUCGGACGUCUAAGUCUAAUUGUGUAAAAUUUCGCCAAGUACCGAAUAAACUAAAUAUUGGCGGAUUAGAGCAAAGUUAGGGUAAAGACCAAGCUGCAAGCUGAAAUCUACGAAUAGGUGGAAUCGUGACGGAAAGAAUGCAUGUGAGAAAGAAUGGAGGACUGAACGCAACAAAAUAUAGGUUGGAAGUUGAAUAAAUCAAUGUAAAUAAAUCGUCCAUUUUAUUGCUUCACAGUGAUGACGCCUAAUUCAUUGUACAAUUGUUAGGGUAGUGAAUAAAAAACUUCACUCAAUGUAUAACAAUGUAAGAUUCAGUUGUAUUCGAAUUUUGUUUGCGCAAACUAUCUUUGAUGCUCUUAAAUAAUCGACUGAAAACCAGUACUACUAGCGACGUUCUAAUAACGUAAUAUACGUAUUCAUCACUCCCGGAUCCUCAGAUCUUCUGUGUAAGCGUAUUUAAAGAGUACUGAGACCGUUAUGUGAUUUUUGAUUGAUCGCAGCCUGCGAACUUACUUGGUUACUGUGUGUUAAUAAAAAUUUCUUUAAAUGUUGA